AUGACUGAUUCAGGUGGAAUUCAAGAAGAGGCUGUUAGUAUUGGUAAAAGUGUUAUAUUGAUGAGAAUGACUACUGAAAGACCUGAAGGAAUCUAUCUCGGUACAAUCAAACAAAUCGGUGUUCUCUAUGAUGAAAUUGUCCAAGCAACUAAUUUGGAAUUGAUUAAUGUUAAGUCAAAAAAUCGAACAUUAAAAACCAAUAUUUUCGGUGAUGGACAAGCAUCGAAGAAAAUUGCAGCUAUCAUAGAUAAUUACUUUUAUCAGGGGCAUAGACCGAAUUCCAAAUGUACAACUAAAUUUCGUCAAGAUUCCAUUGCUCGAGCUGUCUACUCUAACUUGAAUGCGUCUAUUCGAACUCCACUGUCACAUACUUUAAGACGAAACAUAAUAAAUAAUCUUACGAAAGUUCGAUCUGCUCUAACCCUCAAUGAAUUACUCAAAAUACCUAGUCGGUACAACGUAUCACUGAAAACCGACCAGCAAUUUGCAAUCACAGCUGUCAUCGGAAUCUAUAGACGUGAAGGCUUAAUUCGGCGAUGGAUUGAAGCACUUCUUUUGCAAACACAUCCACCCAAAGAAAUAUGGAUUAUCUACUUUGCUUCACCGAUUCCACAUAAACUCAAUCUUGAAAUUCAAGAAACACGCUCAUUAUUUGCUAAUGGGUCAAAUCAUUGUAAUGAAUGGUGUACACAGAAAAAGUGUGACACAAGCAAUAAUAGUAGUAACGGUAUCCUAUCUAAUUGUAUCCAGCAAUGCUUAACUUUGUGCAAGCAACUACCUUCCAUGCUAUUUGUAGCCAUGGGAGAAAUGCAAUUGAAAUAUUUCGGAAGAUUUCAACUUUCACUUCAAUGUCAAACAAAAUAUGUCAUUGUUUUCGAUGAUGACUGUAUACCUCAGAUACGCUAUUUUGAAACUGCAUUGCAUACAAUUAAUACUGAACCAUAUCGAGGUAUACUGGGAACUAAAGGUACUCCCGCGUCAGAAAGCUAUUACUACGGUCCUGUAUCAAAAGCCAAUCAAAUAAUUGAAGCUGAUGUAGUUGGUGGCAGUUGGUUUAUGGAGAGUGAAUGGGUGAAACUGAUGUUCCAUGAUAAAAUGCAGUCAUGGAAUACAGGUGAAGAUUUUCAUUUAUGUGCGAAUGCACGAAAAUAUGCCAACAUAAGAAGUUUCGUCAUGCCUGUAGAUGCCAAUGAUAUUUCUACUCAUUCCUUCUCGAAUGAUUAUCUCUCCAUAAGUGAUCGAGGUGAUACUACUGGACGAGUAGCAGGAACUGCAUCAAGUAGAAGACACAUUGUAAAUCAAUUGUGGUUGCGGGGGGAUCGUUUGAUGGAUAGCUACAAAAAAUCGAGACCAGCAUUGCUAGUGUAUGCAGAGACAAACAAUGAUGCUUUGAUGCUAAUAGAAAAUGUACGAAAACAAAUGGCUAAACUUAGUGGUUCAAUUCAUUUUGUACUUCAAAUGUCUUAA